CCUGUCAUUAUUUAAAGUUGAUCUAACGUGUAAUAUAGUACUCUCAUUCUCUACUUAAUAUGGCAGAUUCAGAACAACUUUCUUCCUCUGAUUAUACUCCUCCUGAUUCUCAAGGAAAGAUAUCGAAAGAAGCUGAAACUGAAUUUUCUCAAGAUGAAGAAGAAUUGAUAAUCAGGAUGUACAAUUUGCUCGGCGAGAGGUGGUCUCUUAUAGCUGGAAGAAUACCCGGACGAACUGCAGAGGAGAUUGAGAAGUAUUGGAAUACUCGAUCUUCAACCAGUCAAUAAACAUUGCCAAUAACAUUUUAUGCCUCCAUAGCAAAGAGCAUGAUAUAUUAAUUUCUUAGUUCUUUGGACUUAAAAAAGCCUUUCAGGCUCAACCUGCAGAGAGCUAGUAUAAACAUAGGAAUAUUGUUCCUUUGUCUUUCUUCUAUGAGUCAUUGGCCAAUUUAAAUAAACUUCAGUUUUCUUAAUUUGCUAUUUAUCUACAGUUGCAAAUAAUUUUUAACUAUAGUAGAGCUUACUCAGAAGUCACAACUUUCCAGAGUAAAGUAACCACAGGACUAACACUACACUCCAGCUUUUGAGGAAACAUA